UACGUUCCGAUAUUACCGUCAGUACUGAAAAUCUACAGUUUACGUUACGUACAUUAUAUUCAGUACUGGCAGUAAUAUGGGAAUAUGGUAUCGAUAUCCAUACGAUAUCGGAUACAUAGUGUCGAUCUUUGCAAUUUCAAGAUAUUUGUCUUAUAUUUGUAAAUAGUGAAACUAGGGUUAGAAAAGAGAGGAUUAAAAAGAAAAAAAGCGUGAGACUGUACGUAUUCCAAAACGAGACGGAUAAAAGAAGAAAAAGAAAUUAUGUCUCUGUUUCCAGCUUAUCCAAGCGAUAAAAAUGUCGAAUCGACAAGUUGCGACAAUACGGAUAAUAUUCCCAUCAAAUGGUUGUCAAAUUCGAGUUUUCCAACACAAGAACCAAUUAAUAGAGAGACUUCUAGCUUGUCUUUAUAUUCUUCAUCUGAUGAAUCUUUACAUGACUUACCUAGUGCAGAAAAACAAGUAAAAUCUGAAACAAUUUUUUUGGAUACAAAGAUAUAUACAAAACAGAAAGAAUCGAAAAUUGACAAAGCGCAAAAGACGAAGAGGAAAAGACGUACACAUGACAGCAAAAGAUAUAAAUCAGAAUAUGAACAAGAUGUUAAGAAUGUAUAUUUUGAAGACAAGUAUAGAGAUAAAGGAAAUAAUAAUAUAAAUACAAUCUGUGCUAGAGCAAGGCCAGCUUAUGAAAUUAGUGAAAAAUUUAUUGGUUUUAUUAAGCAUAAGCAACCAAAAAAGAAUAUAUUUCACAGAUAUUAUGUCAAAAAUAUUGAUUCUAUAGAAUCAUUAAAAAAAAAGGAUACAGUUAUCACAAGAACGAUCAAAAAGGAAACUUCAAUUCAAGUUGAAGAAGUAAAUGAAAAUGUAUCUUCUUGGUGCAAGAACUUAGAAGAGGAACAAAAGUGUAAAAUUCGGGAAUAUAAUGAACAACUGGCAGAAGAUCCACAUAAUGUUGAACUUUGGUUACAAUAUAUCAACUUUCAGGAUAUUCUGGUUUAUUAUCAAAGACACCAAUUAGCCAAAGAUAUACAUCGAUCUACAGUGCUGAAAAAGUUAUCUAUUGUUGAGAAAGCACUUGAAAAGAACAUAGACUCCAAGGAAUUAUUAAAAUUAAAAUUACGUUUCAUGACAGAGUUAACACCUUCUGAUGAACUGUCAAAUCAACUGGAGGCAUUAGUCAAUAAGGAUUCAGGAAACAUUGUAUUGUGGCAACACUUUAUUAUGGUUACACAAGCUUCAGUAGCAAUGUGUACUGUACCACGAGUAUUAGAUUUGUAUUCAAAAUGUUUUUGCAUUUUGAGACAGCGCGCGAGAACAAAUCCUUCUAUCUACGACGCACAACUGUUAUAUAUGCUAUAUCAAUGUUUAACUUUCUUAAGGCAUACAGGAUUAUGGGAACAAAUGUGGGAAACAAUACGUCUAAACCUGAACUUAAAUCUGAACUUAAAUAAAACUAGUUUAUCCUUUCGUGGAUCCAUAGAUGAAAAGAAAUUAAUUGGAAUGGAAGAAAUGAUAUUGAUGUCACGGCUACCACUUAAUCAAUUAUGGCAAAGGACAGAAUCAUUACGAGAGAAUUGCCACUGGAUUAGUGUCAGUAGAGACGAGUUAGAAUUGGUUGGAGACUCUCGAAGAUUUAUUUUACCUGAAGAUGUAGCAGAUUUUGUACAUCCAAUUCUCUCUCGUAAUUCGAAUUUUCAAAUGGCUAUUUAUUCUCUUUUGUGCCUGAAAGUACCACUUCUACCUUGUCGUGACUAUUAUAUAAAUGAUUUAAUAUUGAAAGAUUUUAAUUGGGGAGUAGACUCUUUGGAAGUAUUGCUUCCAUUUAUGUAUCCUAUGGCAGGUGAAAUGGCUGGUCACGACCAAAGAAAAGAAUUAUUGAAGGAUAUUCUUGAAGGUCGUUUAACAUCAGGUCCCCAAUAUCUCAAGUUUCAUCCAGCGCAAGAACCAUAUCUGGAUUUUGUACGUAAAAUAUUCCAUACAAUCGCGGAAAGUUUACCCUCGCUCCAACGAACGAGUAUAUAUGUUUGGUGGUUGCGAUUGGAAAGGCUACUAGUUUCUCUCAACAAAGAUGAACCUUUAAAACAUGACAAUAAAGGAAAAAAACUGAGAACAACAUUGAAAGAGUUUCUAAAAAAAGACGAAAACAGAAAUAAUUUAUAUUUCUACAAGGAAUAUGCCUUAAUAGAGUUGGAAAUGGGCAGAUUCAGUAAUUGCAUGAAUAUCCUUGAGACUGCCAUUCAAUCUCAAGGCACAUGCCCUUCUACAAUUACUAACAAGUGUGAAAGAGCAGCGCUUUUUAACGUGUACAGAACAUUUAUCGAGACCUUACUCGAUAUUAGAACAUACAACGAAUCGCAUAGGCAAUGGGUAUUAAGAGUCUUUGGUCAAAUGAUACCUAGCAAAAACCUAGAAAAUCAAGACUCGUUGAUAGAAGCAUAUUUACAUUCAUGUGUACAAGACUUUUUGCAAGCUUCUCCUGAUGAGAUUGAAAAGGAUACUUUUUUUCUAUCAAACUUACAAUGCGACGCGAUUGUAUGUUAUACUUACUUUCUAUACAUUAAAAAUGAUGAUAUUCAAAGUGUUAUCAAGAUAUUGAGAAACUGUAUCGAUCAUUCCAAGGAUUAUCCUUAUUUACAGGAAAUGUUAUACGAAAGUCAAAUUGCAAUUUUGCAAUUACAUUAUGAACGGACUCAGAUGUUGGAGACUGUGUUGAAAGAGACUCUAAGUAGAGUUUUAAAUAUAUAUCCAAAUAACUUUUAUGCUCUUUCUGUAUUUGCUGGCAUAGAGAGUGAAUUACCGACCUGGAGAUUUAAUAGUAGAAGCUCUGAAAUGAAAUUGUGGCGAGCCUUUGCGAUGUGUCUAGCCGCUCGCAGACGUAUUGGUCUUUUAAUGAAACUUGAUCAUCCCGAUGCAGUAAAUGCUGCAUUGAAUAAGCUAUUAUCGUUUCAUUUAACACUUUCUAAGAUACCAUCAAUCAGAUGUUGCCCGUUAUUGUGGAGACUGUAUAUGUUCUUACUUCGAGAACAUAAUUUGUGUGAGAAAAAGGGGGAAGAAAUUUAUCAUGAGAGCGUCACGCAGUGUCCAUGGGCAAGAAGCAUUUACAUAGAUGCAGCUGAAGUAGCACCUCAACUUCUUACACAGAUCCAAGAUUUGAUACGCGAGAAAGAAUUAAGACUGCAUGUCACACCUGAAGAAUUGGAUAUUCUGCGUGGAUAAUUUAAUUAUUUAAUAGCUAGAAGAAAAGGUAUAUAUAAAAAAAAAUAUAAUACUUACUAUUUUAUAUAAAUUUCUUAUUACAAUAAGUUUAUUAUUUAUAAAAGUAUUGCAAUUGUAAACUUGUACAGUACAUAAAUUAAAAAUAUUUGAGAAUAGUGAAUGUAUAUAUAUAUAAAUAAAUCUUAUAUUUUGCAAUAUACAAAAUAAGAAUCACAAUAAAAUAUAAAGUGCAAUUUGAUUCACUACUCCACAUAUAAAAACAAAAUAUUGUCAUAUUUAGAAUGUUAUAUAU